UGUGCGCGUGUGUGCAGCGCAGUGCGGUGCGGCUCCAUUUCAGCGCUGAGAGGCAGGAAUGAGCGCGAGGUGACUGGGAACGGGGGCCAGCCGAGAGACACCUGAGGCCAUUGCCCACGACCGGUAGUUCCUGUGAGGCCCCUCUGAGGAUGCCCUUCCCCCACACGAUGAGCUGGAACUCAAAUCUGGAGGCCGCCCCUCCAGGUAGGCUGCAGAGGUCUCGGUGCAUCCUGGGAGCUGAGCAGGUCUCUGUGGGCCUCCCCCGAAGCCGACCCCACAUGGUGCUGCUCCUCUUCCUGCUCGUCUGGCCGCUGUCCCAUGCCAGAAUCCCCACAGGCAGGUGUCAUCACAAGAACCGCCGUCUACAAAGCUGGAACCCAGGGCAUGACGAAGACCGGACCGUGGUGAUAGGGUCUGGAACGUUUCUCAGAUUGGAUUCUUCUGCUACUGUCAACUCUGUUGUCAUAGAGGGAGGAGGAGUAUUGGUCUUUAAUGACAACUCGACACACAGAAUUGUGCUGAGAACAAGGCACAUUCUGAUUCGAGACAAUGGGGAGUUGCACAUUGGCUCUGAGACGUGCCCCUACAGAGGCACUGCUACCAUUGUUCUCUAUGGGAAGUCCACAGACCAGAGUGAGGUUCAUAACUUUGGGAGCAAGUUCAUCGGUGUGGACGAAGCCGGCACGCUGGAAAUGCACGGCCGAAAGCCAGUCUCAUGGACUCUACUGGCAAGAACCCUGAACCCCAUGGGUUUGCAAUUUGGACCAUACAAAUUUGAGAGGUUCUGGGGCAGCAGGGGCAUCAACGUAAGGGUUGUGGAUGACGGAACGGGUCAGAUUCUGGCCGCAGACCGCUUUGACACGCACAUGUUCCCGAAUGACAGCCUGAGACUCAAAGAGUUCCUCGAUCAGCAGCCAACUGGAGUGAUCAUUGCCAUGGCGGUGGGGGACUCAGCAGCCAAGAGCUUAUCUGCCGAGACCCGGGAGUUCAUCAUCGAGGUUUUGGGGAGCAAGUUUAUUAAACACUUGGGGUACAGGCAGCCCUGGGCACUGGUGGGCAUUUUGCGGGCAGGCCCCUUCUCCACCACAGAAAGAAAGCGGCCCUAUGCGUGGAGCGGAACCACAGGCACAGCCAUUGCCAGGAGACAGUUCUACACCUACAGUGGGGUCCGCUUCACUGUCACCGCCUACAGUGAAUGGGUAAAAGGGUCACCACAUAUUGGGUUUAAGGUGGAGGCCAUGAAGGGGCUAGUGAUAGACCUGGCGGACGAUGUGUCCAGUUGGAGGCCUGGGGACCGGCUGGUUGUGGCAAGUACUGACUACUCCAUGCACCAGGCUGAAGAGUUCAAGCUCCUCCCCUGUCCGGAGUGCAAGCGCACCCAGGUCAAAAUCGAUGGUAAGCCUCAUUACCUCCACAUGGGGGAGGUGGUGGAUGGAGUGGACAUGAGGGCAGAGGUGGGGUUGCUCACCAGGAACAUUAGAGUCCAGAGUGAGAUGGAGAGCGCUUGCUAUGGAUACAACCACUGCCACCUCUUCAAGCAGGACACCUUCGGAGGACACAUUAAGAUCCAGAAAGGGUUUCACUCAUUCCACAUGUCCGGGGUUGAGCUGAUCGGACUGGGCCAACAGAACCGGGGCAGCUACCCUGUGCACUUCCACCUGGCUGGGGACGUGGACGAAAGGGGAGGGUAUGACCCCCCCACCUACCUGGACAACCUGUCUGUCCACCACUGCUUCUCCAGAUGUGUCACUGUGCACAACACACAUGGGCUGCUGGUGAAGGAUGUAGUGGGGUACGACACCUUGGGCCACUGCUUCUUCCUGGAGGACGGUGUGGAGCAGAGGAACACCUUCUACCACAAUCUUGGCCUCUUGACCCGUCCCGGCACCAUCCUGCCUACUGACAGGGACGAGACCAUGUGCCUGAACAUACGUGCUGCUGUUUAUGGAGAUUACACUCCCAGCCCCAGCACCGACUGCAUGGCGGUCAGCACAUUUUGGAUUGCGAAUCCCAAUAAUAACCUGAUCGGCAAUGCAGCUGCUGGCUCCCAGGAUGUGGGAAUGUGGUUUAUUUUCCAUCGUGUUCCUACGGGACUGUCCGAAGGCUGGUACCCAGAAGGCCAGGCAGAGCUGACGCCACUGGGAAUAUUUCGGAGCAACAGGGUGCACUCCAACUUUAAAGCUGGGCUCUUUAUUGGAAAAGGAGUGAAGACCACACACGCCAGCGCUAACAAUCCCAGAGAGUACCUGACGAUUGACAAUGCCAGGUACCGGCCCCACCUGGAUGCAGAUCCCACCAAGCCCCGGGCCGCUGCCCUCAUUGACGGGCUAAUAGCCUUUAAGAACAAUGACCAUGGAGCAUGGGCCCGAGGAGGCGAUGUCAUCUUUAAGAACUGUGGGUUUGCAGACAACGGCAUUGGACUCACGCUAGCGAGCGAUGGAACUUUCCCCACUGAUGAAGGUUCGAGCCUGGAGGUGAUGGACUCUAUAUUUGUAGGGGAGAGCAGUAAUGUGGGCAGCCAUGGGGGCCAGAACAGAUACUGGGGCAAAGGCACCAACAACAUAUACAGAACACUCCCCCGAAACAAGACUUUCCCGAUUCGGGGGUUCCAGGUGUAUGAUGGUCCAGUGAGGCUUACCAGAUGCACCUUUAAGAAGUUCUCCCCCACCGUGGACCGGUUCUCCAGUGCUGUUGGGUUCUCCAUGAAGAAUGCCUGGCAGGGAAGCCCCCAGAAUAACAUCUCUGCCAUCAAGAUGGAGAGAACUGUGGGUCUGAAUGUAUUCUUUGGGCAGCCAGGCCCAUGGUUUGGGGCUAAUGACAUGGAUGGGGACAAGACAUCCAUCUUCCACGACCUAGACGGCUCUCUUACUGGGUACCCAGACUCCUAUGUGGCCCGAGCUGAUAACUACCUGAUCCGGCACCCUGGCUGCCUCACCGUGCCGCGGUGGAAUGGCGUGAUUUGCCACGGACAAUAUGCACAGCUCUACAUCCAGGCCCGUCGCCCAGAGAACCUGACCCUUGUCAUGAUGCGGGAGAGGUACCCCAACCACCCCCUCACUCUGCAGGGGGUCAACCGUGGCGCCCCCUACCAGCAGUACCAGCCUGUGGUCAUGCUCCAGCAGGCCUACUCCAUCUUCUGGCACAGUGGAGUGCCUGAGGAGAUCAUCCUGUACCCCAUAAACUUCAACAGGAAAGACUGGAUCCUGUUGGCGCUCUGCUUCCCCAGAGGAACUGCUUUCAAAGUUGUGUCAGACAUCUACCAGAGAGAGAGCGGGAGGGUGCAGGGCGUGGCACAAUAUGACCCUGCUCCCUCCCUCAGAUCCCUACAGGAAGCACGCAACAGGAAUCUCUAUCACUACAGUAACAGGACAGGGUACCUCUUCCUUUACCUGCAGGCUGCCCAUCAACGCCAGGGACACAGCUACUGCUCAGAGCACGGGUGCGAGAGGGUGAAGAUUCAGGCCAUCAUCCCCUCCUCUGCCCCUAGGGCCUGUCACCCCCACCCCUUUUCCAAAAAGAAGAGCAGCACAGACCCCCCACGCCGGCUGUGGGCGUCAGAGCGUGUGACCACACCCUGCCCCCUGUGUGGGGCCCCGCAGGUGGCUGUGUCUACUGACCCUCUCCAACAGUAUGUCAAGAUCCAGGUUCUCUCCCUGAGUAGCGCAAGUGUUCAGCAGGGCCUGAAGUCUGCUUUCAUUAAGGUAAACGAGGAGGUGUUCCUGUUUGGAAUGAAGGGACUGUUUUUUGUGGUAGUGGAUGCUUGCACGGGACAGGUGCAAGAUAAGAGGCACUUUGAAACGGCGUCAGUCACCCACGGCAACACUGCAGUUGAAUCCUACAUCAUCAGUGCUGUGAAUGAGAGGUCCAUAGUGCUGGUGUGCUCCAGAGACAUCUCAGACCUGUCCAGGGAUUCCAGGAUCUCUGCCUUUACCAAACUGGGAUCUGCAAAGCCCGUCAGCCUCUUCAGGAAAGGAAGUCUGGCUUUUCUGGGGUACAGGGGCCAGCCGUCUCCGCCCUGGGUGAGGACGAUCAGCCGGGGCUGGGGGGAGGAGUGGGCCACCCUGCAGCAUUACGUCCCGCUGGCUCUGCGGACUUAUGGGUGCCUGGGGAGAGAGCGGGAACCCCACGGGGCCAACGCCAUCCUGGGGGGUCCUCACUGACCAGGCCCCUGAGGGGUUCCCCCAGCACGACCCCCCUCUCGUGUCUGCUUCUGAUUUUAUUUUCCAGUCCUUUCCUGUUCAUUUCCUCACACCUGUAUUACACCUGUAUCAGCUGACACAUGAAUAAACGCUCCUGUGGUAAUGGA